CACAUGUUGGUGCUACCCCGCUCCCCCUUUCCAGGCGCGGGCUUCUGUGCCACAGAUUAUAUUGAGACGGCGUUCCGAUAACCCCGCUCAGAAACUCAUCGGGACCGUCUUCGCAAGUUGUACCAAUCAAGGCCAGGCUAGUCGGCAGUUAGCAUUGUCCGUAAAAGGUGGCAGGGGAAGCAGUAAAGGGGGCUCUGUGUCCCAGGCCCAGGUGACUGCCUGCGCUGAGCCAGAGCAGCCCAGUGACACCGGUCCAUCAGGCUUCGCUGAACGUUGGGUCCAGUGCGUCGGACACUUUUCUUACGGCCUUCCUACAGCCUCCGUGUAUAUGCUUUCUCGAUCUCGUGCCUAUAUUGACUUAGCCUCCCAACACCAUGUCGGCAUCGCUCGCCCUCGGCCCGACCCAGGUGACGCCGGGGUCGGUGCUCGUGCAGGCCCAGCUACGGACCAAAGCGCGCCCGCCGCCGGCGGGAACGUCGUUCGCGGGCAAGACGGCCAUCGUCACGGGCAGUAGUAGCGGGUUGGGCCUCGAGGCUAGCCGGCAGAUGCUCGCGCUUGGCUUGUCGCAUCUCGUGAUGGGCGUACGCGAUAGCGCCAAGGGCGAGCGCGCCGCCGCCCCGCUACGUACCCGGUACCCCCUGGCUCGAGUUGACGUCUGGGUCCUCGACCAGACGUCCUUCGACUCGGUGCGAGCGUUCGCUGCCCGCUGUGCCAGUGAUAUAGACCGGCUUGACAUUGUUAUCCUGAAUGUUGGCAUGGCGACCCCAGAGUGGAUCGUUACCGAGGAUGGGCACGAGUCGAUGUUCCAGGUCAACUAUCUUUCAACGGCGCUGCUGGGCCUCUUGCUGCUACCGCAGCUCAAGGCCAGCGGAAUUGCGCACGCGAGCGGGCCCGGCCGUUUGACCAUCGUCGGCUCCAACCUCGCGCUUACCGAGCCCUUCCUGCCGACCGACAAGAGCCCUCUAUUCUCCUACCUCGACGACAAGGACACCAACGCCAAGACGUGGGGUCUGCAGGCCGCCCAACACCGCCACGUCGUGACCAAGAUUAUGGGCAUGAUGUUGGUGCAGAAGCUGGGCGAGCUGGUCGAUCCGGACCUGGUCAUUGUCAAUAAUGUUGAUCCGGGCAUGGUGAAGAACACCGAGCUCCAGCGCCGGCUGCCCGCGGUUCUCAAGGCCAUCAUCUGGCUUGUCUUCGCUCUGAUCGCCCGCACGCUGGAGCAGGGCGGCUGGCUCUACCUCGACGCCGUGGCCGUCAAGGGCAGAGAGAGCCACGGCGGCUUUCUCUUCAGCUGGGAGCUGCACUCGUUCCACCCGGACAUGUACACGCCCGAGGGCCGUGCCACAACGGACCGCGUGUGGCAUGAGACGCUGCGCACGCUCGACUUUGCCGAUGUGCAGGGCGCGCUGGCGUCCGUCCGGCGGGCUACGUGACGUAGAGCAUGACUGAGAGACAAAGGUUGGAUGGCCCAAGGGGUUCAGUAUUGGAAUUGCGUACCAGAAAGUCUCUAUAGUUAGGAUCGCGUCGAUUACUAUUCCCAAGCACUUUCUGGACAUAUGACUGUAUUGAUAAUGGCGUUCAAUGUUUUACUAAUUACACAGAGAACUGGGCAUUGAGUUUUGUUAAUCUAAGUACGAGUCCAGUCUGUGAACGCCAAUAAUAAAUAGCUAAGGGACACUCCCUGUCGGGGACGGAACAAUGUAAGUAUAAUACACCGGACGAUGAACAGCGAAGGUCAACCUAAUCAUAUAAGAAAGGGCGUUCUUGAA